AUGGACGCCGGAGGCAAUUCUCUUCCGUCUUCUGCACCUGAUGGGGUUAAGAGAAAGGUUUGCUAUUUCUAUGAUCCAGAAGUCGGCAAUUACUAUUAUGGCCAAGGUCACCCCAUGAAGCCCCACCGCAUUCGGAUGACCCAUGCUCUUCUCGCACACUACGGUUUGCUUCAGCACAUGCAAGUCCUCAAGCCCUUUCCUGCUCGUGACCGGGAUCUUUGCCGCUUCCAUGCCGAUGAUUAUGUCUCUUUCCUCCGCAGCAUUACCCCAGAGACCCAGCAGGACCAGCUCAGGCAGCUCAAGCGCUUUAACGUUGGCGAAGAUUGUCCUGUCUUUGAUGGCCUCUACUCCUUCUGCCAGACUUAUGCUGGUGGCUCUGUUGGUGGUGCCGUGAAGUUAAAUCACAACCUCUGUGACAUUGCUGUCAAUUGGGCUGGUGGCCUCCAUCAUGCUAAGAAGUGUGAAGCUUCUGGUUUUUGCUAUGUCAAUGACAUCGUGCUUGCAAUCUUGGAGCUUCUUAAAGUGCAUGAGCGUGUUCUGUAUGUGGAUAUUGACAUUCAUCAUGGUGAUGGUGUGGAGGAAGCAUUUUACACCACUGAUAGAGUCAUGACUGUUUCAUUCCAUAAAUUUGGAGAUUAUUUUCCCGGCACAGGGGAUAUACGUGAUAUUGGAUAUUCAAAAGGAAAAUACUACUCUCUUAAUGUUCCGUUGGAUGAUGGAAUUGAUGAUGAGAGCUAUCAUUUCUUGUUUAAACCACUAAUUGGAAAAGUAAUGGAAGUUUUUAAACCGGGUGCUGUGGUUCUCCAAUGUGGUGCUGACUCAUUAUCUGGGGAUAGAUUAGGAUGCUUCAAUCUUUCGAUCAAGGGCCACGCUGAGUGCGUUAAAUUUAUGAGAUCUUUCAAUGUUCCAUUGUUGCUAUUGGGUGGUGGUGGCUACACCAUUCGAAAUGUUGCUCGCUGCUGGUGCUACGAGACUGGAGUUGCUCUUGGGAUGGAAGUUGAUGAUAAGAUGCCACAGCAUGAGUAUUUUGAGUACUUUGGUCCAGAUUAUACUCUUCAUGUUGCCCCUAGCAACAUGGAAAAUAAGAAUUCCCGCCAGUUACUUGAGGAAAUACGGUCUAAGCUCCUUGAUAAUCUUUCAACGCUUCAGCAUGCACCCAGUGUCCAAUUUCAGGAAAGACCACCCGAUACUGAGCUUCCAGAGAAUGAUCAGGCAGAAGAUCAGGAUGAUGCAGAUGAGAGAUGGGAUCCAGAUUCCGACAUGGAUGUUGAUGAUGAACGCAAGUCAUUACCAAGCAGAGUGAAGAGAGAAAUAGUUGAAGCUGAGCCCAAAGAGUCGGAGGGCCAGAAAGGAAGUUCUGAGCAUGCUAGAGGCUUUGAUACAACAGUAGACGAGAAUGCAAGUGGAAAGGUUUUGGAUGCUGGUCCUAUGCAAAUUGAUGAGCCAGGUGUGAGAGUUGAGCAGGAAAAUGUGAACAAGCCUUCUGAUCAGAUGUACUCCAAGUAG